UAAGAGAAUCGAAAGGAAAGUAUAAAGAAAUGAAGAAAGUUGACUAGAAGCGAGGAAUUUCCAAAUGUUGAAUUUGGAUUCAUGUAAAAGCCAAUUCUACAAUUUGGUUCCUCCUUGAUUAUUCCCAAUCGCCGUCAUUCUCCGAUUAAUCUAACUUUCUUUUCUCUAGCCCAGAAACCACCAUUGUACCCAGAAAAUUCCGGGAUCGCAGAUUUAAGGGGAGACUUCUCAAUCAAUCGAAAUUGGCACCCGGAAGUCGGAGAACGUUCUUAAAUUCGGGUCCUGAAAAUCUCCGAUGGAAAGUUCUAGUGACAUGGAGGGUGAUUGUGACGGAAGGAAUGAAGGAGGAUCCUCAUCGGAUUACCGAUUGUUGGGUCGGCAAGUUACGGUUCAUCAGUUCAUGGGCGGCGGCAAAGCUGCUGACUUGCUCUUAUGGAGGAGAAGAAAUCUUUCUUUGGGGGUUAUCGUUUUAUCAACUGUAGCUUGGCUUAUAUUUGAGCUUUCCGGAUUGCCUUUCUUAUCUGUUUCUUCAGAUGUCUUACUGAUUGGGAUCAUAAUAUCAUUUGUCCAUGCCCGGGUUUCUGCUUUUAGGAAUAGACAAGCGAAUUCAUUACCAGAGCUUGUUCUAUCGGAGGAAAUGGUGAACAGUGCCGCAGCUUCUUUCCGUAUAAAGCUCAACCAGUUGCUUGUAAUGGCUCAUGAUGUUACUGUUGGCAACGAUUUUCGGCUCUUCUUCAAGGUGGUGAUUUGCCUGUGGAUUCUCUCUGCCAUUGGUAGCUAUAUUUCUUUCUGCACUCUUGUUUAUAUUGGGACCAUCCUAUCUGUAACAAUACCGGCUUUGUACAGCAAAUAUCAAAGCAAAGUAGACAAGUGUUGCGGGUUGAUUCACAGGCAGUUGUCUCAUCACUAUAAGCUAGUGGACGAAAGUGUUAUAAGCAGACUCUCAUGGAGCUUAUCCAAGGAUAAAGAUUCUUGAGCUAGCUUUGGUGAUUUUGAGAAUGUUCUACCUAUUUUCGUUUAGUUUUUUCUCUAGUUGGUUCUCUUGUUAUUCACCAUGUGUAGUAUAACUUAAAGGCGAUAUCCAGGAUGAAUAUAUAAGAUGGUUUCUUAAUUUGCUCAAUUAAAUCAACUGUCUGUCUCCAUUCUGUAAAAGAGGAACUUGUCUUGCAGCUAGAAACAAUCCUGAGAUUGGCUUCUAUUUACG